AUGGCUGUUGCAGGAUUUUCGGGUGAACUGUGUGAAAUCGGCUCAAUUGAUUGUCAAGUUCAAGGUUGUUCAUCAGGCGAAAGAUGUGUUGUAAUGAACAGUGGUACGUCGUACUGUGCGCCUGAUCCGUGUGUUCCAAAUCCAUGCCAGCACGAUGGCACAUGUACUGCCUUUAAGGAUUCCUUCGAAUGUACCUGUCCUAAUGGAUACGAAGGUAAAUUAUGCUCGGACGAUGUGGACGAAUGCGCUCAGUCACCGUGCAAGAAUGGGGCAGUGUGCGUGAAUAGCCUCGGCUCAUUCACCUGCUUGUGCAAGGAUGGCUUUCGUGGUCAGCAGAUCUUGCUUUUUUAA